AAAAUUUAUUGAAAAAAAAAAUAUUAGUUAAAGCAUUUCAAGUUAAUUAAACGUAUAUAAUGACUAUAACGCAUCGACAAAAGCCAUCCAGUAGUUCAGUAAACACAACAGCAAAUGCAGAUGGUAGUUCAGGCAUAGAUGAUAAAGAGCCACCUAAAUAUCAUUGUGAUGCAUGUUCUAAUGAUGUGACCAAUACAGUACGUAUUCGAUGUGCUGAUAAAGAUUGUCCAGACUUUGAUCUUUGCGUUACUUGUUUUUGUGGAGGUGCAGAACCGGUCAAACAUAAAACAUGGCAUGAUUAUCGCAUUGUCAAACCUCACAAUUUUCCCAUCUUUAGUGAAGAUUGGGAUGCAGAUGAGGAACUAUUGUUAAUUGAAGCAGCGGAAAAAAUGGGUAUUGGUAAUUGGCAAGCUAUUGCUGAUUAUGUGGGCACGAAAAGUAAAAACGAAUGCGAACAACACUAUUUGAAUGUCUAUGUCUCUAGCCCUAAUUGGCCAUUACCACGCAUGAAUCUCAAAUUUGAAACAAGUGAAGACGAAUGCCGUGAACGUAAACGACAACGUUUACAACAAUCUCGAGGAUUGAUACCACGUAAACCAUCUACAUCGCAACCUCAUAAUUCUAAGCCUAUUACAAGUGGACCUGCCUUUCAUGAGAUUCAAGGCUACAUGCCUCGUCGUUUUGAAUUUGAAACGGAAUAUGAGAAUGAUGCAGAACAGUUUGUGAAAGACAUGGUUUUUAAUGAUGACGAUACACCUGAAGAAAUUGACUUGAAAGUGAUGGUUUUAGACAUUUAUAAUUCAAGACUGGAUCGUCGAAUGGAGCGUAAGAAGCUCAUAUUUGAAAGGAAAUGGCUAGAUUUUAAACGUAUGCAAGCUGUUGAACGAAAGCGACAAAAGGAAGAACGCGAGAUAUACAAUAAGACUCGCGUAUUUUGUAGAUUACAGACAGAAACAGAUUAUGAGGUAUUUGUUAAGGGACUUAUAAAAGAACAGCAAUUACGGGAUAGAAUAGCAACAUUACAAGAGUGGAGACAAGCAGGUCUUACGACAAUAAGACAAGGAGAACAAUAUGAACGUGAAAAGCAAAAUCGAUUAGCCCAAUUAAAGACAUUUGUUUCAUUAUCGAGUGAAAGAAUGGGUACAGUUGGAACGGCUCAGCGUAAUACAUACCGUUCACAAAUGGCAGCACUCGCUACAUCAAAUGGUGCAAAUUAUUAUCGUGAUAGAGGAGGACAAACAAGUUCAACGAGCACUCUUAGUUCAACAAUCACAGCAGCUGCUCCUUCUGGAGGAAGGAAACCUGCUAAUCCAUUAAAUAUCAAAGAUGCAGAUGGAGUUCAUUUAUUGACAGAAGAAGAACAAGUUUUAUGCUCAACGUUGCGUAUUAUGCCUAGACCAUACCUUGUCAUUAAGGACACAAUAUUAAAGGAAUACGCAAAGCAGGGUUACCUGAAACGAAGACAAGCCCGUGCAUUGAUUAAAAUUGAUGUAAAUAAAACAAGCCGUAUAUAUGAUUUCUUUGUAGAAAGUGGAUGGAUCAAAGCAUUCAAAGAUCCGUCGACAAUAGCAUCAACAUCAACUCCAGUAUCUGAACCCGCUCAUACAUCAUCAUCAUCAUCAACUACUGCUAAUCCUCCACCUUCUUCUGAACCGUCUCCAACACAAAAUAAUACUGAUACUGUAACACAUUCACCAAUGCCAACUGAAGUGAACUAAAAUAGCAUUUAGGAUUUGUUUGUUUGUUUUAAAUCAUUAUAUAUUUGUAAAGAAGGAAAAAAAAUAAUAGCCACUUUUUUUUUCCUUUUCUUUUUCUUUUUUCUUUUUUUUUU